AUGCGGGAUGUUUGUCGGAGCCCACGACCCCAGUGCGGCAUGGGCUGGUGGGCAGCCCUGGCGGUGGUCCACGGAUUGGGCGCCCUCGCGCACGCCCGCCCCGCGCGCGCCGCCGAGGACGCGUCCGACAAGUGGCUCUCGCGGCGGGACGACGGGAAGAAGGACGGGACAGAGGCGGACACAUGGGUUUGCGAGCGGGUUUGCACAACAAAAAAGUUGCUGUCGGCUGUGGGGAGCUUUGCGAAGGACCCGAUCGCAGGGACGUGCGUGACGGUGUGCGGGGUGUCAUCGCGGGACGCGUGCGAGGAGGCCUGCGAGAAGGUGGUGUGCCUGAACCCGCACCACGUGCCCGAGUGGAACGAGGUCUGCCUCAAGCGGUGCACGAAUGAGUGCCUGCGGCUGCAUAAGAGCUGAGGGGGCGGGCAUAAGCGGGCGAAGCAUAUGCAUAAAAGACGAGACGGUGAGCAUAAGAGUGCGCGCAGCCAAAGCCCGCUGCUGGGUGCGCUUCCGCAACAGACAGGUGGUUGACAGGGGUGUGGCGUCACAGCGGGAAGCUCGUUUGAAAGCCCUCAAUAGUGUUCGGCAUUAGUGCUGGCUAACGGCAGUGAACAUGCGCCUGAGUGUUGGCAAAUCUGCCACCUGGAACAGUGGUUGGUUGGCUAUUAGAAGGAAAGGUAAACUUGGUCAACUGGUGCAGAUUGGCAAUGAUUCGGUCUCUGCGUCCGAGAGUGGUGCUAUUGCUUUACAAGAAGCUUCCCUGCGUCGAUAUCAGAGUAAACCCGCUCGCAUCGUGCCAGGAAAUCACAUUGUUCAGACAACGAAGGCAGACUGUACAGCAGACAAAUUGUAGAUUAUUGGGUGGCCGACUGGCGCUCAGCAGUAAGGAACAUUGAUUAGGGUGAGUGACCAGAUUUUGGAACCUGAUUACGAACUCAGGAGAAAGUGGCCACUUCGAUUUCUGAGAGGAAGAGGUCUGCUUGCUUUCUGCUACCCAAUAAUCAAAUCCCAUCUGGCCUAUUCAAACUUCAGGGUUGGCAUCGUGUCUCGUUUAGGUCUCUCAAUUCAAUUUUGAUUAGAAUUGCUGCACUCUCAUUUUUCCUGCUUGCUCCUGCCAUUGAUCAACCAUUCUGU